AUGACAUCUGACUCAGUCUACGACUGGGUCAAUAGACUGAGGCAGGCGACAAACCACUUGGAUCACGCCAUCAUCAGUGCCGGGCUGCUAGCAGGAUCAUACAAUCAGGCGGAAACAGGAUAUGAGAGCAGCCUGCAAGUCAACGCCAUUUCGCCAACACUGCUUUCAACGCUACUUCUCCCUCUGCUACUCGCCUCUCCUUUGGUGCAGAAGGCCUCGGUCGCCGAAAGACCGCAUCUCACUUUGGUCAGCUCCGGCGCGGCUUGGCUUGCCAGUCGUUCUACCAUAGAACCUAUCGUCAAUUCGGCAGCCCCUCUUCGUGACCUGUCAAGACCGGAGGCCUUCACACCGGGAGUCAUGGGAGGCCAAAGGCACUACUGCCUCACCAAGCUUAUGCUUGAAUAUUCCAUGCGGCACCUUGCGUUCCUCCCAGGUAUCGAGGACACUGAAAAGAAACCCAAGGUUCUUGUUGCUCCCGUUUGCCCUGGUGCGGUCAACUCGGACCUCUCGCGGCACUCAGCCAACAGCGGAGUCGUCGGAAUGAUGGCGAAGAUCGUCAACAACACGGUUGCGCGGACGGUGGAGCAAGGGGCAAAUAUCUACAUUUCAAGCCUUGGACUGGGUGAGGAAGGUCGCGGUCAGAUGUGGACGGACGACCACAUCUCCAAGGACCACAAGAUGUUCCUUUCUACCGCGGAAGGCAAACAGCUCGGAGAUCGAGUCGUGAAAGAGCUUCAGAGCUUUGUGAAAGAGAUGGAUAUCAAAAGAGGCAUAUGA